AAGAACCCGAAAUGAUUGAGUGAAUUGCUCACGAAAGAGCGAGUAUUUCGGUGGUUUGUACUUCAUCGUCAUCUUUCAAAUGCUCUAAGAGUUUUAUGCUGCAUUGCUUCUGGAGAAGAAAAAUAUCAGUUCAAAAUGCCUGUGACUCGUCGUCAAAAUCGUGGAUUCUUCGACCGAUACGAUAGUCGGCGGGAACGCAGAGAUCAGAGAUUCGGCGGCGGAUUUGGGCGGGGUCCUACCGACACUUUUUCAAUAACAGAAGAAGUCAUGGCGUUGGAAGAAGAAAGUGCAGUCGGGGCAGAAGAGACAUACGAUACUGGCGCAACGACAGCAGUAGCUGCAGCCGUCUCCCCGACCACGAACGGUUCAGAGUCACCAGCAGUUUGUGGAUACGAGGCUCAGUUCGAAUCCCCGCUGGAUAAGAAAUAUGUAUGUCCUGUCUGUCUGUCGGCGCUCCGUGACCCUUUGCAAACGAAAUGUGGGCACAGGUUUUGCAAAGUGUGUUUGACGCUGGCAAGUGGACCGGGGAAUGUGGCCAAAUGCCCUCUGGAUAAAUUAUUCUUUGAUGUCCGCAGUGAAGUGUUUGAAGAUGUUGCAAUGAAGAGGGAGGUUUUAUCAUUGAUAGCACUCUGCGCUAAUGUAGACUGUGAAUGGAAAGGAGAACUUCGAUUAUUGGAGGAGCACAUCCGCGAUUGCCCCCAUGAGAUGAUACCAUGUUCUAAUGGAUGCCUCACACAUCAUAAGAGAAUGGAGACAGAGGAGCAUCAGAUGAACUGUCCUUCAAGAUUGGUAGAAUGUACAUUCUGCCAGCAAAGCGUGGCAUUCAAAUCACUCAGUCAACAUCAACAGCUGUUAUGUCCAAGAUAUGCCAUAGAUUGUCCCUUGUGUGGGAAGGCCAACAUCAUAAGAGAGGAUAUGCCAAAGCACACGGAUCACAAAGAUGGCGACUGUCCUAAAUCUAUGGUUCCUUGCAAAUUUGGCGCAAUGGGAUGUCAUGCACAGGUUCGACGAUGUGAUCUUCAGCUGCACAGUCAGGAAUCCCAAGGUCUGCACCUAGAUCUCUUGCUAGCUCACUGCACGACACAGACACAGCUUAUCCAGGAACAGGCUUCCACUAUACAUGAGCUACAAGAAUCUUCCUCCAGGUUGGUCGGACAGAAUGCAGAUGCUGACAGGAAAAUAAGAGAGCUUUCAAGAGAGGUUAGCAGUUUAAAGGGCGACCUGUCGAUUAUGAAGAAUACCAAUUACACGGGUCAACUCAACUGGAAAAUCCAAAUAUGCUCACGUGACUUUAGUGCACCACUUCUGAGUCCACCUUUCUACACCUCCCCGGCUGGAUACAAGCUCCGCCUCUGCCUUGAAUUGAGGGGUCAUGUGACACGCUCAGAUUCCUACACGUCCAUCUUUAUCAUGUUAUGCAAAGGAGAGAACGACAUGAACCUGUACUUCCCGUUCAGUGCCGUUUGUACCCUGACGCUCUUUGACCAGGCGGACUGUGAGAAUCACCUCAACACCAACAUCACUUGCCAUAAGAUGCCACGCCCUCAUGAGGUCCAGAGCACCAUGCAACGGCGUGGUAGGCUGCAGUUCAUGAAGACGGACACUCUUAUCAAUGGUCGAUUCUGCAAUGCAGGGACGCUGUUCAUCCGGGCUCGUGUGUCUACCCUACCUUCAUCCCACACCACAUAGCAGAGCACUCAUCGAACACCUUGCGGAUCUAGAGUCCAGUUCAUGUAGACAGACACUCUUACCAUGGAGCUACUAAGUAGCUCCAUGCUGUUGCUACUUGAUUCUGCAAGACAGAGAUGUUGUUCAUCUGGGCUUCUGUGAGCGCCCUGACAUCAGUACAUCCACACCACAUAGGAAAGUAAAGGAUCACAACAAAGCUGCUAAGUCCGGGCCUACAUGGCAUAUCUCGUGGUCACUUAUUUAUCUAUUUGUUGGAGGGCAUAGGUGUGAUCAUGGAUGCUAUUUUUUGUAUUCCAACUCCUUCUUUGAUAAUCAUACAGUAAUUUUAUAUAUUUAUUGAUUUUUACCAUAGCAAUAAAAAUUACAAAUAUUUAUUAUUUUGUGCCUGAGAUGUUUUCUAUGUAGUUUCCUAUAUCCUGUUAGUUCUACAUUUUGUAUUUGUAAUUGUAUUAGGGCGUGUGGUUUUAUUCCUUCGUAAUGCUUGUGUAAAUUUGUGUUAUCUAUCUUACUUUGCAAAGUUUUUGAUAUUGUUGAGAUAUUUAUAUACAAAUACAAAUGAAUAAAAGUCGGUAAGAGGACUUGUCAUGUGUUCAACGACCAAUAUGUAUAGUUUCUGAAACCACAUUGCCCCGAAUUGUCUUUAUGUGCCAUAAAAACAUAUAUUGCUGAGUAUAACUCAAUUUCCAUAUAAAGUAUUAAAUAAGGUACGUUUUACUCGCCACUCUUUGGCAUCAACUAUCGGAAGCAUCAUACAAUUCGAAUUUAGAUGCUCCAAAGUCAAGUGCAAUAUUAUUAGCUCAAUCACUCGCACACUGCGUCCGAUAAUCACGAUAUCUUCAAGAAUAACUUGCCAGUCAUUUUAUAAUUCGAAGAAAAUACAUUUUUCAUUCAUCCAGCUGAAUUGUGGAAUUCUUGAAAAUACUCGCAGAUCAAUAUGUAUAUGUAGUUAUAUUUUGCUCUCAACUACUUUUUCCAUAUCAUGUAUGUGACACUCUUUCCAUGCAACCAUGCAUGGGUGCCCUGCUAAUUGAGAGCAGCAGAGCUGCAAGUCAGUGCGCCAUCUAUUGUUUGGUAUCUAUCAUUCUACUAGUAUUUCAGUGGCUCCGGUGCAGUCCUUCGUGAGCAUAUACUUUCAUGCGGGCCUUCAUGAUCCAAAAUGUUUUCUUUUUCACAACUUUACUUAUAUUAAAUCUCUAAAAACCCGUCAUGUAGAUUUAAGCUGUGUUGCCAAAAUGUUUGACACGAAAUGUGAGACAAUAUUGAUGAACCUCAGAAGAAUUAUUCAUUCGGCAUAACAACUAUCAUGACUAUAGCUUGCCUACACAGCUAGUUUAUGGUGAAUAAUUUACCAUCAACAGGAAAAAUCUAAUUAGGACGUGUGAAUAUUUUUAUCAGUAACUUUCUUUCUUGUCUUAUGGACUGAUAUGAUGUUAUGUGUUUAAUUGUAUUUUAGUAAUUUUAUGUCAUGAUAUUAAAAGGAUAUAUAUGUGUAAAAAAAUA